GGCAGUUGCCCGGGGGCCGGCCCGCGCCUGCGGUCGCGCCCUUCGGUGUGCCACCAGCCCCGGUCGGGUCGCGGGGGCCUAGUCCAGGGUUUCCCUGAUGUCCCCCUGGGCUCCUCAGAGACGCCUGCCGGCUUGGGCUUGGAGCCUUCCGGGGCUCUGUCGCUCCCGGCUGCGCGAGGCCAGCCGACGUCCGAUCACUUCGAGCUAUGACAUGGUGCAUUAUGGCCAUUCCAACCAGCUGCGCCAGGCACGAGCCAUGGGAGAUUACCUGAUUGUGGGCGUUCACACCGAUGAGGAGAUCGCCAAGCAUAAAGGGCCCCCGGUGUUCACCCAGGAGGAGAGAUACAAAAUGGUGCAGGCCAUCAAGUGGGUGGACGAGGUGGUGCCGGCGGCUCCCUAUGUCACCACCCUGGAGACGCUGGACAAGUACAACUGCGACUUCUGUGUGCAYGGCAAUGACAUCACACUGACUGUAGAUGGCCGUGACACCUACGAGGAAGUGAAACAGGCUGGGAGGUACAGAGAGUGCAAACGCACCCAGGGCGUUUCGACCACAGACCUCGUGGGCCGCAUGCUGCUUGUGACCAAGGCCCAUCAUAGCAGCCAGGAGAUGUCCUCCGAGUACAGGGAGUACGCAGACAGCUUUGGCAAGUGUCCUGGGGGGCGCAAUCCCUGGACAGGGGUGUCCCAGUUUCUACAGACAUCCCAGAAGAUCAUCCAGUUUGCUUCUGGGAAGGAGCCCCAGCCAGGGGAGACGGUUAUCUAUGUGGCUGGUGCCUUUGACCUGUUCCAUAUUGGGCACGUGGACUUUCUCGAGAAGGUGUACAGGCUAGCUGACAGGCCCUACGUCAUCGCCGGCCUGCACUUUGACCAGGAGGUCAAUCGCUACAAGGGGAAGAACUAYCCCAUCAUGAACCUGCACGAGCGGACCUUGAGUGUGCUGGCCUGCCGGUAUGUGUCAGAAGUGGUGAUUGGGGCCCCAUAUGCGGUCACAGCAGAGCUCCUGGGUCACUUCAAGGUGGACCUUGUAUGUCAUGGGAAGACAGAAAUCGUGCCUGACAGGGACGGCUCUGAUCCCUACCAGGAACCCAAGAGGAGAGGCAUCUUCUAUCAGAUUGACAGUGGCAGUGACCUCACUACGGACCUCAUUGUGCAGAGGAUCAUUAAAAACAGGUUAGAGUAUGAGGCACGAAACCAGAAGAAAGAAGCCAAGGAGCUGGCCUUCCUCGAGGCCACAAGGCAGCAGGAGAUACAGCCUGUGGGGGAGGGCGACUAGACUUCCCACUGGAGGACUGUCACGGAGAGCCCCUGUGCUGCCGGCGCCUGCCCCGCUCUGCUUCUGCGUCUUGGAGUUUGGCUCACGCAAUUCUAAAGGAAGCUACAGCACCACCCACUAACUGGCCUGGCUCCAGCAGGGCUGGUGGGGAGGGCACUACUCCUGCCUGCCUGCAAGGUGCCUGUUUGUAGUGGGCUCUCAGCUCCUCCUGCUGAGAGAAGGCAUCCGGCAGUGGAGCAGCCCAGCAGGCAGGAUGGGCAGAGAGGACCAGUGAUAUGAAGGCUGUUGCUCCUGUGUGCUUCCAUCCAGUGGUUUCUAACUGCUGCUCCUCCYCCAUCUUGGAGAGAGAUGACCCUCCUGCCUGGCUGGAGGCUGCACUUCCUGCUUAUCCAGCUUUGUGGAAGGCACAGAGUGGAUGGCUUGGGGAGCUGUGUUCCUGGGGUCACUCCCCAUUGGGCACCCUGUGCCCUGCAGCUCUUCCCAGCACCCUGUGCCUGGCUCCAGGAAGGUGCACUUGUCCUGCUGCCCUCCCAACAGACUUCCUGGUCUUGAUUUGUACAUCUCUGGUGCAGCUGAAUAAAGCCUGCUGGGAAGUGCUGUGUCUGCCCCCAGCUCACCCACCCACCACAGGGCUUCUGGAGUGGCAAGACCAGGAAGGCCGCAGAGCCUUGGGGCUGCCUACCAAUGGGGCUGGGAGGCAAUGAUUUGGCAUGUCUGUUGAAUACAGAUGCAGGAAUUAGGGCUAUAGGUGUGGCUCAGUGGUACAGCAAGGCCCUACCUAGGGUACAUUAGUCCCUGGGCUCAUUCCCAGUUCUGCAGAAAGAAGAAUAUGAAGGUGCUUUCCAGCCCAGUGCCCUCCCACUUUGAGCUGCUGAACCAGGUGGGAAGGGGCAGGUUCCUCUGAGGAAGAUGGGCCUGCCCUUUCCUUUUAAUCCAGCUGAUUUUGAGGUCUGCUUUACAAUCCCAACAGAAGCCUCACCCACUUUCCCUCUGUGCCCCCAGUCUCAGAAGUGGGGUGGUCCUCAUUUUCAGACCCCUGAGCUGUGGGAUUCCUGAGCAGAGAGGCCAGGCAGUGCCUGCAGGCUAGAUCUGGUAGGGCCUGGCUGCCUGGCUGCUGGGCUGGGCAGAGAACAGGCCUGGCCUGGACAGGCCAGCACCUAGAGUAUGCUGCUGCUUGCACCCUGGAGCAGAGGCUGGGGACUGAUCUGCACCAGCAGCAAGUAGAGGCUGGGCCCAGCACCCCAAAGACACAUCGUCCAGCCAGGGGAGACUCCCUGCUCACCUGCCACUCAUGGAAUCCCUGGGUGGAGGGCUGGCAGGUCCAGCUGGCAAGGGCACAAUGGGGACACCCUGAGAGGCAGACCACAGAACUCUGGGCCUUCUGUCAGCCCUGCCAGGAGUGGAACAAGAGGGAAGCAGCCAAAGGUCCCAGCUCAUGCUCUAGGGGAAGACCCAGAACCUUUGAGUGUGCGAAGGGUGAGGGGAGCCAGCUUGACCAGAGGAGAGGGGCACCUGGGGCACCCUAGCAGGAACCCUGGUUUUACUGGCUAGGCGGCCACUAGUCUGGGUGACUUCGGGGCCCGCCCUGCUCGAGGCCCACCCCUCCAGCAGUCCCCCUCUGAAGACUUGACUGAGCUUCUCCUUUAUUCAUUUGGCGGAUUACUGCACGGGGGCCGGGGAGGGAGGAUCAGGGGUGCCAUCUCGCGAGGCAGGUCUGGGGGUCCCUGAGCUGGCAG